AUGGUAACAUUCAGCAAAUUGUGGUUGCAGAAUGAUGAAAGGCGCUAUUUCCCAAUCAGUACCUUUGGCUUUUACCGUGAUGGAUAUUUGAAUGUUGAAGUUACAAAAUUCAAGAUCACACCAAAGGAUGCAGAUAAGGAAUUUGGAUUCAUUUUGGAGAAGACUGCCAAUCCAUACACGGAAAACCACCCUGAUAAGUGUCAGUUGCAGAACUUUCGACCUAAUGAUACCUUGGUGCAGCAUGUUUUCUUCAUAUUUGACCUGAAAAAUAGCCAGGUUUAUCUGAAGUGUAGCGAAGACAUGAAGGAUCUUCAUGUAUUGAAAGGCAAGGACAAGUUACAGGAAGUUAAAAAAGUAGAACACCUGGAAAAACUAGCUGACCGCAAUCUCUUCUCACAUCUACAAAAGAGGUCAGUCUGGCAAUCUAGAAAGAAGAGAGAAAAUACAGAUGCAGCUCAGGGGGCACCUGAUGAAAUUGCUACCACACCAAAGGAGCCAUCUAAAGACCCUAGCAGCCAGAAGUGCAAUGAUGUUAAAAUUAUCAUGGAUAAAAAGGAAGAUUACUAUAGUUUUAAGUUCUUGGUGUAUGUGGCUCGAGAGAAAGAGGAAGGUCUCUACAACCUCAAUUUUCACAACUGCAUGAAUUUCGGUCCCAAUGAAGGAUACUCAUCUAUUGAUAUGUCCUUACUGAUUGAGGAAGAAAAUCCUGAUGCUAACUAUCUAUCUGCUGGAGAGAUGCCCCUUCCAGCACUGUACUUUAUGAUGGCCCUUCUCUUCUUCCUCUCUGCCUGCUUCUGGUUCUUCCUUCUCAAGAAGAGCAAAGAUCCUGUUUUCAAGAUCCAUUAUUUGAUGGGAGUUCUUGUGGUGAUUAAAUCAUUUAGCCUGCUCUUCCAUGGAGUUAAUUACCACUUCAUCCAGACUGAGGGUGUCCACAUGGAGGCUUGGGCAGUCAUGUACUACAUCAUGCAUCUGCUUAAGGGUGCACUCUUCACUGUUUUUGCCCUCUUUGGGUUUUCGGGCUGGGCCUUUAUAAGAAAUGUGCUCUCCAGCAAAAAAGGAAAAUUUUUCAUAAUCAUCACCCCUCUACAGAUCAUUGCUAAUGUUGCCACUAUUAUUGUGGAAGAAACUGAAGAGGCCAGUCAAGAGCAUGCUGUGUGGGUGCAACUCCUUUUCUUGAUAGAUUUCUUGUGUUGUGGUGCCAUCCUUCUGCCUGUUGUAUGGUCAAUUCGUCAUUUGCAAGAAGCUUCCCAAACUGAUGGCAAAGCUGCAAUGAACCUCAGGAAGCUGAAACUUUUCCGUCAUUUCUACAUCAUGAUUGUCUGCUACAUCUACUUUACACGGAUCAUUGUCUACUUGUUGGGGAUUACCGUGCCGUUCCAGUAUGAAUGGCUUGAUGACAUGUUCCGUGAGAUGGCCACAUAUGUUUUCUUCGUCAUGACAGGAUACAAGUUUCGACCAGCCAACAAUAAUCCAUACUUCCGGGUCUUUAAUGAGGAUGAGGAGGUUGACGAAGUCCUGACUACUACUGGUCUCACUGAGGGAAUAACACAUGUGAAUCAACACAAUAAGAAGCAGAACAAAGAUCACCUUGAAGUUGAAGUAUUUGAGGAUGAUGAGGAAGUUAAUCUGCUCAACACACAGGAGUCAUCACAUGCCUUUGACUGAGAGUGAAUCCAGAGCUGGGCAAGAUUUUAUUCAUGAAAACAUGUAAGGGCACUUCCUUACAUGUGUCUUGACUAGUAAAUUUUUUUGUCAGCAUUGUCCCUCAAAUAGGUGUUCUCCAUGGAACAGGAAUGUGGCAGGAAUUCAUAAUUUAUAUUACAAUUUUUCUCCAGAACAUUGUGUUUCUUGUAUAUAAUUACUGAAUUAUUUCAGGUUACUGUACAUAAUAAAUUGCACUGUUAAGUACCAUAUGAAUUUUCAGAAAAAUGUUUUCCUGUUUCUUGUGUAAUUUUCAAGUUAUAUUGUACAUUAAAUUAAUUAAACAAGAAUGCUGCAGUAUAUAUUAAUUUAUUGGAAUUUUAAUUCAAGGAAAGCUAUAUAAAUACUCAUAUUAUUUAAGCUAGUUACAGAUAUUUCCAAAUCAAAAUUUUUUUAACGAAAGAUCUCUCUAAUUUCUCCACAGUUUCUUAAAUAAUAUACAUCUUAUUUUCUAGCAGUAGUGUGCUUAGUAAUUUAUAAUCAAUGUAGCCAUGUGUGGAUUGAUGGCUAUUCCCUUUUCUUGUACCAAAAUGUCUUAUUAACCAGCAGUAAUUUAUAAGAGAUAGUUCUUUGCCACAUAGUAUACUUGUUUACAUCCGAGGGACUUUGUUUUGAUAUAAGAUGGAUAAUGGAAAGGCUGUUGUUCAUUAAUGUAUAUUAUGUAAGCCUUUGACAGGAACCAUUUAAUCCCUUUGGUUAGUAAAAUACUGAAGUUCAGACUGACUUCCAGCUUGUCUGUCUUAAUACGGUCUGACCCUGCUGAACUGUACCUUAAAGAUCUGUAAAAAAAAAAAAAAAAAAAAAAAAAAGUUUAUUCUUUACUUUUCUGCAAAACAAGGCUUGCCCUUUGCCCUUGGUUGAAACAGUCCUCUGGGGAGGCAGCAAGUAGAGCUUGCAGUCAGCUCAUGGCACCACAUAUUGCUGCCAUCAAGUGAAUCACGCUAUUUAGACUUCUAACAGAAUUACUACUACGAAUUUACAUGCUUGUUCUGCAUGCUGAUAACUUAUGAUAGAACAAAGUAAAGAGAGGGUGAAAAAGAAUAAGAUAUUGAUGAAUUGUGUACACAAGCUGCAAAAAAUAGCUGAAGUUAAACAACAUUCCAACAUUUUUUUUUAUUUUAACAUGUCAGCCUUUUCCCACUGAGGCAGGGUGACCCAAAAAGAAAGUAAAAGCUUUCAUAAUUCAACACUUUCACCAUCACUCAUAAUCAAACUGCCAAUAUCCCAAACCCCUCCUUUAAAGUGCAGGCAUUGUACUUCACAUUUCCAGGACUUGAGUCCGGCUAACCGGUUUCCCUGAAACCCUUCACAAAAUAUUACCCUGCUCAUACUCCAACAGAUCAUCAAGUCCCAAAAAAUCAUUCAUCUCUGUUCACUCCUAUCCAACAUACAGCUGUGAUAUAUCUAUAUCUGGUUUGAAUCCUGGUAACUGAUAAUGUACAGGGUAGUGAGUGACAUGUACAAAAAAAAAAUUCAGUUGAAAAUAAUGUUUAAAUCAAGCAUUGGUUUCAAGGACUGUAUUGGCUUGGAGUUGACUUAUGCCAGAAGUCAUGCUUUCUUUACAUUUAUUCACUUGCUUUCAAAAAUAAUGUAAUGAAUAACUGUUCCUAAAGAUAUCUAACAGAGUGAGAGAUUGCUAAGAGAGAGAGAAUGAGUUCAUAUGUAUUUUUAAAUUCAAAUGAUUUAUUGUAACUGUGAAAGCAAAAAUUGUCUGGAGUGACAUGUAAACUGUUGUAUCCGAGUGCCUCUGCAAAGAUAGUGAUUAUGAAUGGUGAAAGUGUUCAACGAUGACGAAAAUCUUUUCUUUCUUUUUGGAUCACCCUUCCUCUGUGGGAAAUGGUCAAUGUGUUAAAAAAAAAAAAUUUCAUGACCCAUACAGGUUUAGCACAUUUUUAAUAAAAGGAAGAAUAUGUAUUACAGCUGACUAUCAAUUAAAAUGGUUGUUAAAUUUUUAAAAAAGGCAUCUAAUCAAAUAAUUUUUUAAUAUGAACCAACAAGCAAAUAAGAAAAUAGGAUUAUAAAUCUUAAGACACCCAAAAAUGAAAAAAAAAAAAAAAAAAAAAUUUAGGUCUUGGAAUUGUAAAAAAAAAAAAAAAAUAUUAACACUGUAAUUGUAGUUGGGUGGAGUGAUGUGUUGUGUUUAACCCUUAAACUGUCUAAACGUAGGUCUACAUUCACGUGCGUAGCGCUCCGACCUUGGUUUUCCCCAUUUGAAAGCACGUAAAAAAAAAACGUAGAUCUAUGUUCGGAGCCUGCCGCACGUCAACGUAUAUCUACGUGUGGACAGUUUAAAGGUUAAUACAAUACUUGUGGCUACAAAGGUGUAUGUCAGUGAUUUUCAAAGGAGAAGAGGUAUGUGUGGCCCUACUGGGCUGAGGUGAAAGGUGGAUUGUUUGUUGAAUGGGUGGCUGAGAUUCUUGCACUGAUAUUGAUGGUUGUACUGGAGUACUGAGGAAUUCUGUAAUGUGCCUUUGGUCUGUUUUACCCUGCAGUACUUCACAUAGUUGAUGGUAAAGUAUCGUCAGCUGUUCCGGGCCAUAUUUCAGAGGAGUACUUCUAUCUUUGUCAAGGUCCUCUUCAGUGAAAAAUAUCUACAAUUUUACCAAUAAUGUGGAGCUGCUCAUGUAACUGUUGCAGUGGUAACAGCCUUUCUUCAGGUUCUUUUUCCUCAUUUUAAUUUGUUAUCUGCCUCAUUUAUAUCUGUCAUUGAGCUCUACCAACAUUUCAUUUAGAAUUCUUUCUUUCUCAUCAUCUUUGAAGAGCUCAUUCAGAUUUUCCUGAAUAAGCUGAACAAUUUCGUGCACUUGACUCAACUGAGGGAAAAAUCUGUGAAAUUAUUUAACAGUCUAGACCAUAAUUUCCCCCACCUUGCAUUUAAGUCUGAUAGGGGCAUUUCAUUUCAUGCACAUUGAACAUAGAUGAUGGCAUCUGCGGUCUUAAAUUUAUGCCAAAAGUCUGGUACUCCAAGGUCUGAGUCAGUGUUCAUUGCUGCAGUAGGUUUCUGCAUCACUUUUUGUGUGUAGUCUCGCUAAAGUGUCCUAAUAAUUCCACGAUCCAGUAGUUGUAUUCAAGAUGUAUUUGGUGGUUAAAAAAAUCAACUUUUACAUUGGAUGCAUAUUUACUAAAAGUUCUGGAUGAAUAUGGAAAUCAUCAAGAGUGAAGAGAACCUUGAAUGCAAAGUUCUUGCUGCACAGGUAAAACAUGACUUUAAAAAUGAAGUGAUACUUAAACCAGUCAAUAAAAUUCCCCUGUCAUCCAUUCUGACUGAUUUGACUGGUAGGUUUUUUUUUUUUUAUCUAUACCUUUCUCAAAGCAUAGGAAGUCUUUGAGUGGUAAAUAACCAUGGGCUUACACUUAAACUUGCCUAAUACAUUACCACACAGUAGUAAACUGAGGUGAUUCUUUGGUGCCUUCAAUCCCAUUGCACCUCUCCUAGCUGGCUGAUGUAAGUUCUUAAUGGCAUCUUCCAUUAAAGACUUGUCUAGUCAGCAUUAAAGAUUUGGUGUGGCUUAGAGCCACCCUCAGAUAAUUUCCUCCAAUUCAGCAGAGAAAUUGCCUUUAGAUGUGUAGUUAGCAAAUCACUUCACCAGAAGACUUAAUAUUAUGCAACUGAUUGUGCAAUUUAAACUUAUCGAAUCAGCCUGUACUAAACAUGCACUCUUGUUCAGCACUUCUUUCCUCAUCACACAGUUUUAUAGUACAUUUAAGGCUUUUUUGCCUUAUUACGGUGAAAUUAGGUGUCAUGCCUUUCAUAGUUUUCUCCUCAAUUACUAAAUAAUUUUUCAAUCUUAUUUAGCUAUUAUGACCUAUGUUUCAUUCUUUAAAGGAGGUUACAACCUGGAAUACUCAUUGUGCAAACCCUUAUCUUCUCAUUCCUUAUAAUUUAACAAAUGAUUCUUCAUUGAGACCAUAGGCUCAUGUUGGCUCCACCACACAUGCACCACUCUUAACCUUAUCUAAUUUUUUUUUUUUUUUUUUUUUGAACAUACUGGUCAUCUCCCACCAAGGCAGGGUGACUUGAAAAAGAAAACCUUAUAAAGUUUUUCUUCUUCUUUUUACAUAUAGUAAUUUAUACAGAAGGGGUUACUAGCCCUUUGCACCCAACCUUAUCUACAGUAAUAUCUUGAUUAUUUUAAAACUCCAGUUUUCAUACUAACUUCUUGCAUUCUAUCAUCUCUUACAAUCCAUUUGUCCGAGUUACUAUCCAACACAAGAUAUGAUUAUGAAAAGAUCUAAAAUCGAUUUACUAACACAGAACUGAGUAUGGUAUGGGAUGUGUAUGCAUAGAGAACUGGGCUGAGGCAUGGGAAGUUGUGUACAUUAAGUGUGACUUUGCCAUCCCUGUAACGGCAAUGGUUUGACCCACAGGUUGGCCAAGAGGGAAGGAAAAGCUGUGGCGUUCCAUAUUUUUACCCUCAAUUCUCUCUCAUAAAUGAACACGACAUUGUGAUUGAAAAAAUUCCACAAUUUUUCAUGUCAUAUAGCGAAAACUUCUUAACAGAGUGCCUCUUAAUUGACGGUCUAUGUAUAAAUAAUAAUUAAUUUCUUUAAUAAAAUUUUUUUAAUGACAACACUGUGUCCAUGAUUUCUUCAGCUACUAUUAAAAUGGUUGGAAAAGGAAAUACAGUAUGGAUUCACAACCUAAUGUAGCUCUUGUCGCACUCAGUAAAUAGUUCCCAUGUUUUCUGCCAGAGAUGUUACUGUAUUUGUAUGUUCUGUAUCCUAUGUAUAUACUGUAUAUAUGUAUAUAUUUAGAAGAGAACAACUACUACAAAUGUUGAGCACCCUUUUAUACAUGGACUUUUUAUGUACAGUGUACUGCUGACUGUUUGGUAUUAUAGUACCAAAAAAAAUAAAGCUCCUAGCCUCCACAUGUCCAGUUCAGUAGGGUUAAACUUUGUUGAGUUACACUUGCAUAACUCUCUUACAACCUAGAUUUAACCUCCUGUGGGGAGAGGUAUUUACUUAAGCCAGAGACAGAGAGUCAGUAUAAUUUUUUGUGAGAAAAAUCAUUAAACUGCCCAGUAACCUGGCUUUCACCAAAGUAUUCCAAACAAAUGGAAAAAAUAUACAAGAUUGAGAUAUUACUAGGAUAAUAGCUUAAGAAUUCAUAUAUUUCAUAACAUUCUCUUUCAUGGUGCAGUUAAGAUAUUUAUAAAUGUUAUCUUGCUUCAUAUGUCUGAAAAUUAAUAUCCUUAUGCAUUUAAAUUCAUAUAAUGAAGAAUAGAAUGCAUUACUGUAAUACCUAAAUAACUUAUUAAAUUUCAUUAUUUGCAAUGUGAAGCUUUACUGUAGUCAGCUCUUGACUGAAAAUACAGAGUGUGACCCAUUGAUAUAUAGUUGAUGUUUCAUGCAUCAUGUGCAUAGUAAUCAGUCAUUUUUGUUUCAAUAUGCUUCCUCCUUUCCUUUCAUGGAUCACUAGUAACAGUUUAUUUUAGUGUCUCUGUGUUUUGUCUGUUAACAAAGGUUUUCCUGCACUUGGAUAUUACUGCUAAGAGUUACGUGUGACAUUGUUAACCACAUUCACUUUAGCACUAUAAAAAUAAAUGUAGAUUGUACAGGUCCACAUCUCUUUAUCCGAAAUUCUGAAAUUUGAAAAGUUCUGAAAACCGAAGUUUUUACGCGGAGUGUCAGUCAUCUCCGCGCUGGGUCACACCGCCAUGUGGCGGCGUUGAGAAUCAUUCUGAAAUUCAGAAAAGUCUGAAAUGUGAAACAGUACAGACCCCAAGGUUUUCUGAUAAAGGGAUGUGCACCUGUAUUAGUAUGAAAUAAAUUUAGCACCAUGGAAAUGCAACUGGCAUCAUUAAUUAGAUUGGUACAAAAUUCUGGAUGUUUAUACUGUAGUUCUUAAUAUCAGUGGAAUAUCUUUUAAGUUAAAAUUACAGUAGUUUUAUUCAUGUACUAUUAUAAUAUUUUAUUUUGACUAAAAAAAAAUUAAUUUUGUGAAGCAGUUGAGCCCGAAUUAGAAUACGGAUUUCAAUACUUAUUCGUACUUACAUUAAUUUUUAUAUAUUUUUAAAAGUUUUGAAUAUUUUUUUUUCAGUAUUUGGAAUCCAUUGUUAUUACACUAUAUUCAAAAGGAAGUGCUAUGCUCAUGAGAGCCAUAUAGCACUGUGUUGGAAUAGUGCAUUUUUAUACAGGGGCCACAUUCAGACUGGUGUGAGAAUUAUCUUGUUGAAUGUAAAUAUGGAAGAGAUGCAAUAUCAAGCUGAACCUACAGGAUUUUUCUUAUGAAAAUAUAUUGUAAAUAAUAUUGUCAUUAUCUGUAUAUAUAAUGAACAAGUUAAGAUACAUAAAAAUAAAUAUGCAUAUAAAAGAAUUUUGCAACAUUUUUGCAUUGUAUUCAUAUACUUUUGCAAUGUGUUUGUUUGAGUGGUGUAUGAUGUACAGUAAAUUUAUUUAGUAUGAUGGGUUAUAUUUAUGUUUAGGUGCAUAUGUGCUUUCAGUAGUAGAAAAGGAGUGUGAGCUUUUGUAGGUUUUAGGUAACAUUUAGUACAAGAAAACUUUAAAACUUUUUUUUUAAGCAUGUUGAAUGCCUGUAUGUACUGUACUAGAACUGAUAAUCUUGAGUGUAUAAUGUAUGUAUGUUUUGUUUUACAUACAGUCAGGUAUUCUUUCUGAAACAUGACUUCAAUAGCUUUCCAAUAUAUGUUAAAAUCAUUUAAUAAUUUUUUAUUAAGAUUAAAACCUGUAGACUGUAUUAUUAUUUCAGACUUGUACUGGAAUUAAUCAUCUUGAGUGUAUGGUUCACAUAUAUACUGUACUAUCUUACAUAUAGUCAGGUAGUCUUCGUAACAUAUAGACUCAAUGACUCUCUGAUGUAUGUUAAAAAUCACAAAUACGUUUUACUGGUAUUAAGAUUUUAGCCAGUGUACUUUCUGAAAUACUGUAGAUGUACUGUAUUGUGGUUAAAUUUUAAAACCUCA